AUGAGAUAUCACCGCAAAGUAUUGUCGCAUAAGAGGCGAGGAAUGGCCGCAAGAAGUAGUCAUACAAUGAAUGCACAGAAAGUCUAUCCGAAAGACAGUAUCGACCGCUUCGGCGAUGAUUUGUGUGAAGUGCUGUUGAGUUACCUAUCAUUUGAGGACCGAUUCCGAUGCGAAUGUCUGUCCAAACAGUGCCAGAGAGUGAUAUUCACCACACAAUCGGAGUUAUUAUUAACCCAUAAACUCUACGUUCAGCUCAAACUCUACUCAAAAUCUGCGGAUUUAACACAAUUUGAGUUAAUAUUGAAAAAACUCAAUACUCACUGA